GGAGAAAGUCGAAUUUGAACGACAAAUGACAAUAUAACAUUUUUUCGCCAUUAAACGGCACUAAGUUGAUCAUAUUUUGUUCAACUGAAAACAUGUUAUUGAGUUUUACGACCAUUUUAUCUAAAAUUAAAUGUCAAGUGUUGAGCAAAGGUGUUCGAAAAACUUUAAAAAACAAUCUACCGUCUUGAUCGAGUGCUAAAUUAGUUGUUUUAUUUAGUAAAUUUAAGAAUAAGUUUGUUUAAUUUUGUGACCAUGCCGAAAGGAAAACGAAAGGGAAGGUCUGAUCGCAGGCGAUAUGACGGUUCCUUUAACUCAUCAGAUGAUGAAUCAUUUAUGGAUAACGCAAGCAUUAUCAGUAACAGUUCAGAAAUUAGAAGUGGUGAAGACGGUGAUGAUCCUGAGAUGCUUCAAGAACAACUUGAAGAGAAAUUAUGUGAAAAUAUUGAUGGUCUUAGCCAAAAAUCGUCCCAAGGCAGAAUAAAUUGCUUCGAAACAUUAACUAAGGCUUUUAUAAAAAAAUGCAUGCCUGUUUUUAUCAGAGAUCGGUACUUUACGAUUUGUGAUAGUAUAGAGCGUAGUUUGAAAAAAGGUGCCGCCGCUGAAAAAAUAGCAGCAGUAGAAUUGGCUGCAGUUAUUUGUGUACAACUUGGCGGUGAAGAGGCUACCGAAGAAAUAUGCCGGUUAUUAAAACCUCUGCUACUUACUUUAAUUUGUGAUAAUACCGUUUCUCCAUUGGUUAGAUCAAAAUGUUGUGUAGCUCUGGGAAAUAUAACGUUCCUCUCUGGAGGUGAAAUUGGAGAUGUUAUUCUAUUAAUGCAACAGUUUGAAACAAUAUUUUCCGCCAGUUACUUAAAAGGAGAUGGUAGUGUUCCGACAAUUAGUCCUGAUAUUGGUGUUCUGCAUGCUUCUGCUAUCCAAGCUUGGAAUUUAUUGUUCACUUUACUAUCACCGGGAAAUAUUGGAACUAUGAUCAACAAUUCUAAAGCUUUACCAUCGUUAGAAAAAUUAUCAGAACUUUUGGAAUCCCCUCAUCUGGAUGUCAGACUAGCAGCUGGCGAAGCGCUGUCAUUAAUAUUCGAAUUAGGAAGAGAAGAAUGUGAUGAUUUUGAAGAAAAUUUUGCUUUAGAUGUAACAGAAAAUUUGAAACAGCUAGCUACAGAUUCUCAUAAAUAUAGAGCCAAAAAAGAUAGAAAACAACAGAGGGCCACAUUUAGAGAUAUACUACAAUUUAUAGAGAACGACGUAGUACCAGAAUUACAAAUUAAAUUCGGAAAAGAAACGUUGAUGCUCGAUAGCUGGGUAAGGAGGAAACAAUAUGAAAUGUUAUGUAAUAUUUUAGGUCCGAGUAUUAAUGUUCAUUUAACGGAUAAUGAUUUACUUCGUGAAAUAUUUGAAAUCAUAGUACCACCUCCAGUGGCCACAACACCAAACCAAGAUCAAAUGAACCGGUAUAGAAAACGUUUAUUGAAUGCAGCCAACUACAAAGCAAGAACUGUGUCCAGAGCAAGAAAUAGAGACAAAAGAUCAGAUUUCUAGUUACCAUUAUCUUGAAGAAUAUUCCGCACAACGUUUUUUUUAUUAUUUCUACUACUUGAUCAAUAUUAAAGUAUUCAACCCAAUUUUUAGGUGUAAUUAACUGUUUUUUUUUGUAAAUUUCAUUUCCUGCAAUAUAUCUUUAUAAUCGGUGAA